CCCAGCUUCUCCUCAUACCAUAUCCGGGGGUAUUUUGCAUCUGCGUGCUGUCUGUCUUGACUUUUUUUCUCAUCGCAAUAGACAGCCUUCACUUCACGACCACAUAACAAGACGCGAUGGCUGUUGGUGUGGGCGCUGAGGCUAUCUCAGGCAAGCGCGCCGAGCUCGCGGGCAACCGCGUAGGAUGGCGCGGCCUGCUCAGCAGCAAGAAGACCUUUUCGAUUGCAUUGUUUGCGUCGCUUGGUGGUUUCGUCUAUGGCUAUAACCAGGGCAUGUUCUCGGGCAUUCUUACGAUGAACUCGUUCAUUCUCGCGACCCAACACUAUGCAGAACAGACCGGUACUGCUCAAGGCAUGCUCACGUCGAUUUUGGAAUUGGGUGCCUGGGUCGGUACUCUGGCUAACGGAUAUCUCGCGGACUCGCUGGGCCGUCGGCUUACGGUUGUUGUGGCUGUGAUCGUGUUUUGUGCUGGUGUCAUUGUGCAGGCAUGCACCAAGGACCCAAGCUACGUGUUCGGUGGCCGUUUUGUGACCGGUCUGGGAGUGGGUAGUCUGAGUAUGAUUGUGCCACUGUACAACGCUGAACUGGCACCUCCCGAAAUCCGCGGCUCUCUUGUUGCUGUGCAGCAACUGUCGAUCACCUUCGGUAUCAUGGUCAGCUUCUGGAUCUGCUAUGGUACCAAUUACAUUGGUGGUACCGGCGAUGGCCAGUCUAAAGCGGCCUGGGAGGUGCCGGUCUGCAUCCAAGUCUUGCCAGCCAUUAUCUUAGCGUUCGGCAUGGUCUUCUUCAUGCCUCAAUCACCACGACACCUUAUGAAUACUGGCCGCGAAGAGGAGUGCCUGAGCACCUUGGCCCGCUUGCGCGAUGCCUCAACCGAUGACAUUCUCGUCCGCAUUGAGUACCUCGAAAUCAAGUCCUUGAAGAUGUUCGAGCAAGAGACUUCGAGGAGAAAGUACCCUCAGUACCAGGAUGAUUCGUUCAAGAGUCGCUUCAUGAUUGGUGUGAAGGAUUAUGCUUCGUUGGUCACGGACAAGUCACUCUUCAAGCGGACCACUGUUGCAUGUCUUGUGAUGACAUUCCAACAAUGGAACGGCAUCAAUGCGAUUAAUUACUUUGCGCCCCAGAUCUUCAAAGAACUCGAACUCGGCGGGAACACUACCAACCUCCUCGCAACUGGCGUUGCUGGUAUCUUCGAAUUUGUCUUCACCAUUCCUGCAGUGCUUUGGGUGGACAACAUCGGUCGCAAGAAGAUCCUAUUGGCUGGUGCUGCAGGCAUGGCGAUCUGCCACUUCAUCUGUGCCGGACUUAUCGCUACGUACCAAGGAGAGUUUGGGAGUCACCGGAGUGCGGGCUGGGCGACCGUGGCAUUUGUGUGGAUUUUCAUCAUCAACUUUGCCUAUUCAUGGGGUCCCUGUGCUUGGAUUGUGGUAUCAGAGGUCUUCCCGCUCAGCAUGCGUGCCAAGGGAGUCAGUCUCGGCGGUAGUAGCAACUGGCUCAACAACUUUGGCGUCGGCUUGGCAACCUCCCCUUUUAUUGCACGAUCCGCCUAUGGAACCUUUAUCUUCUUCGGCUGCCUGACGGUGAUCGGAUUUCUCUACGUCCUGUUCUUCGUCCCCGAGACCAAAGGCCGCACCCUCGAGGAGAUGGACGAAGUGUUCGGAUCGGAGGGCAUGGCGGCCGAAGACGAGGCCCUCCGCCAGCAGAUCGACCGCGACAUUGGUCUGACAGCCUUGCUCCAUGGUGAGAUGGAUGCAUCCGCCGAGAAGAUGACCACCAAGACGGUGCAUCUGGACGACGCUCCCGUGCCACCACACACUACCGAAGCGUAAGCCGGCAGUUGCAUGGUGCCGGUGCAGUCCGGUACACGGGAUGGCGUCGGUAGACGCAGCCCAUGCAAUCUAUUAUCCUUCCUUUUGCCGGAGAGGGCUUGCUGAUCCCGUGAGGCGGCUGCAUUGGGGCAGAAGACGAGCGGUCCAGGCUGACUGGGUCGUGCAGGGUCUCUCGGGAGGCUAAAUCGAGGGAUGUAUUUAGCCGGAAUUGAGGGCCGGGGUCAUAGUACAUACCUUAGUCAUAAAUUAAUGCACACCCGAGAGUUAAUAACUUAUUC